UGCUUCGCAUGCUGUCACCAAAUACGCAUGCGUAGACUUGUUUGUUGUUGAGAUUCAAAAUUUAAGCGUGCUACGGCAUGUUGUCUUUCGGUUUUAAUAACAUUCCAAGCUUUCUCUCCUUUUAUAUGUCCAAAUAAACAAGCAUUCAUACAAGUGGUAAGAGUGCUGUAAUCAGCAAAUAUUCUUCCCACUGAGGAACAACUCAAGAAAUGAAAUGUCAUUCCUAUUUAUUGAUUAAAGUAGACUCUCAACAGUAGCUGAAAGUACCAAAAAGUGUCUGAUUUACUGAUAGAACAAAAAUAAACAUGCUGUACACUGAAGCUUAUAGAAUAUUGGAUAAAUCUUCUUCCAUGCUUGGAAAUACAACAGAUAGUGAAGCUGGUUCAAUGGCCAGUCAUGUUACAGCCCUGCCUCCGGUUCCAGCACGGCUUAGCCAGAGUCUGCCUAUUAGAGGAUUUGAACCGGAAAUACAUAAACAGCUGAAUGAAGAGCAUACACGAGCUGAACAACAUAGGCAGAACUAUGAGCGGCUAAAAGUACAGCAUUCACGAUUACAAGAAGAAGUUGCCAAAAUACAAAAUGAAUGCCGUCAAAAGUCAGAAGAGAACAGACUUUUAUAUAAUAAUUUAAGAAGUACACAAGAACAAUAUCAUAAAGGAUUACUUGAAAAAAAUGAAGAAAUUACAUUGUUACGAACCAAAGUUGUGACACCUCAGCAGAUAGAGCUGAUCCGUUUGGAGACUUAUUCCGAAUUAGAGAAGAAUUAUAAGGAACGGUAUCAUAAACUGGAAUUGGAGUUGGAAGAAUUUAAGAACUGUUGCAAUAGACAACGUUAUGAAUUGUCAUUGCUGGAGAGCAAGUGUGAGCAGCAAGAUGUGCAACACAAAAAUGCAAACCAGGAAUUGAGGAAAAAGUCAGAAGCAGAGGUGAACAACGUAAGAGCUGAAAAAGAUCGUCUUCUUGCUCAGCUUCAUUCUGAGUCUUCUAAAGAUACAGAACAGAUUUUUUCAUUGAAAAGAGAAAAUGUGACUUUGCAAGAACAACUGAAAUCAGCAUUGACUGGGCUAGAAGAAGCACAAGCUCUUCGUGAAAAAUCUUCCCUUGAGAUUGAUAGAGUAUCACGAUUGUUAGCAAAAAAUGAAGUGGAGCAGAGUGCCAACUUGAAAAAAAUUGAAGUUGAAAAAGAAAUGCUCACAAAGGAAAUUCAGAAAUUCCAUGAGGAAAUGUAUGAAUGUGAGAUCCAACAAACAAAGGUGUCAAACCAAAAACAUGAACUGGAACAAGACAACAUGAACCUCAAGACAAAGCUUGAACAAUAUAUUCAACAGCAUAAGUUAGAAAUGGGUGAACUUAAGCUAGAUUUAACACGACAGAUAGGUGAUGUGCAACGGGAACGUGACAAAUUACAAAACACCAUUGAAGAUCUAAAAGUUCAGCUGGAUGUAUCAGAACAGGCAAAUAGGCAACAUUCUCAAAACUUAAUGGACAAAAAGAAAGAAAUGACCAGACAAGUUCAGCUUGCCAAAGAGAAAGAGAUACAGAAACUAAAUGAAGUUGAAAAUGAAAAGCUUGAACUUGAAGCUCAGCUCCAAGAAUUACAAAGGCAAAAUUCAGAUCAAAUUAAUGUAUGGCAAGCUGAGAAAGAUAUUUUGGAAGACAAGAUAAAAGAUGUUACGGAUUCCAAAAAUCUUGUUGAGAAAGAACUUUUAAUACUAAAGGCUAAAGUAGAUCAUGAACGUUCUGUGAAAGAUGAAUUAGAGCAGGAAAGAUCUGAUAAUCGGGCUCUGCGCAGUCAAGUAAAUUCUUUGCAAGCUGAAAUCAAUCAUUUACAUUUAGAAGAACAUAAUAUGUCAGACAAGUGCCAGCGUUUACGGAGUUCGGUUGAAAAAUACCGAUCUGAAGUGAAGCGUAUUGAGGAAACAACAAAGAAAAAUGACCAACAGACUGAAGAACAGCUACACAAGCAAAAGCAUAUGUGGAAAGAAAAUCUGGAACGUAUAGAAAAACGAAAUGAAGAACUCGAGAAAAAAUGUAAGAUUAAUUUUGAGAGACUGUCAGCUGCUGCCAGUAUUCAUGAAAAAUAUAAGAAGAAAAGCCUGCUAGCAAUUCAGACAUUGAAGAAAAAGCUUGAAUUAAAGUGUGCUAAAAUUGAAGAAUUGGAUGCCAUGUGCAAAAUCUUUGAAAACUGGGUUUCGCCUGAAGAACACAAGAAACUGAAGCUUCAACUCCAGGACUUGCUUUAUCGUCAUAAUGAAUUUCGUCGCCUAGUCUUCUCAGCUCCUGUGGUUGGAGACAAAGGACCUUUAAACCCGAUUCUUCCAAACAAUUCUUUUCAUAGCAAUUUUGAAGAACAGGACAAUUGCCACAGAAAAGAACUUCACCAGUUAAAAGAUCGUCUUGAGAAAUUGGACAGCAAUCAGAGGGAACAAUUAGAAGAACUUCAACAUUUUAUAUCAAAUAGCCCACCAUCUGUACAACGAAGCUGUAGCAAUGAAUGUUAAACUGACAUAAUGCUGUUGAUUUUUCAGCAAAGCUAACUCCUGCUGCUCACUACCUCUAUUAGCCCUGUGAUCUUUAAAAAGAAUUUAUAUUAGC